UAAAGAAAACUUAGAAAAAUUUUUCAAAUUUCAGGAAAUUUUUCAAUAUUUUCCUUAAAUUCUUUAUAAGCUUUAAUUUUUGUGCAGAAACAAGAAAAACUAAAAAGUACCUGGGAGCAAAAAAAGUACCAAAUUUAAAAAUUUUUAAUAAAAAUAAAAAAAAUUCUAAAAUUUAAAUAUAUUUCUAUUUAAUAACAAAAUAUUUUCCCUUUAAUUCAUAAAAAUGUUUUAAUUUCUUAUAAAACCAAAGAAAAUUAAUAAAAGUACUUUAAGGGAAAAAGUACCAAGGUUCAAAUUUGAACUAAAAGCAAAGAAAUUUGAAAAAUUUAAUGAAAUUGUUGUACAUUAUUAAUCAAAUUUGCUAUGAAUUCUUUAAAAAACCCAUAUUUCUUAAAUAAAAGAAACUUCCAAAAAAGUACUUUAAGGAAAAAAGUACCAAAGUCUAAAUUUAAACUAAAAGUGAAAAAAUUUCAUGAAUUUUAUAAAAUUUUGACACAAUAGCCAUGAAUUUGCUAUAGAAAUUUAGAAAAGAGUAGUAUUUCUCAUUAAAAUUAAAGAAAUUUUUAAAAGUACCUGUAGAAAAAAAGUACCAAAUUUCAUAUUUGAACUGAAAUCGAAAAAAAUAAGAAACUUUUUAAGAGAUUUUCAUAGAAUUUCCAAAAUAUUUUCAAUAAACUCUUGAAAAUUAUGCCAUUUAUUAUUAAACCAAAGAAAUUAAAUAAAGUACCUUAAGAAAAAAAGUACCAACUUUCAAAUUUUAACUGUAAUACCAAAAAAGUUCAAUAUUUUUGUAAAAUUCUGUAUAAUAUGGAAAUAUUUUCUUUAAAAUUGUUUUAUUUUUCAUUAAAUGAAAGAAGUUUAAAAUAGUACCUUGAGAAAAAAAAGUACCAAAUCAAAAAUUAUGAACCUAAAGCCUAUAAAUUUCUAUAUUUUGAUUACUUUCUGUGCAAUAUUGAAGUAUUUCUUUUAAACUUCCUUAUUAAGGGGUUUUAUUUUGCUUUAAAUCUAAAAAUUUUAAAAAAGUACUUUUAGAAAAAAAGUACCAAGAUUUAAACUUAAGUUUACUUAAAAGAAUUUCAACAAAUUUAAAACAAAUUUUUUUGAAAUAUUGUUUAAAUUAAAGAAAACAUUUCUCCAUUCUCUACAAACUAAAGUAAUUUUUAGUUUGGUACUAGGGGGAAAUAAAAAGUACCAAGUUUUAAAAUAAGAAUUUGUGGUUAAUAAAUAAAAUUAUAAAAAUACUUGUAAUAACGAACUAUUUGUUAUUUCAAACACUCAAGGUACUUUUUUUAAAACAAAACCGCAAAAUAAUUGAAAAAAGUACCUUAAACACAAAAAGUACCAAACUAGAAAUUAUUAAAAUGAGCUUAAACGGGACCAACUUAAAUGGAUUCAAGUAAGCUGCUUUUGGUAGCAUGAGCUUAAACUAAAGAUUAAAUAAAAAAGUAGUUAGUUUUAAAACUAAACCUAUCCAGCCCUGGUUUUAAAGUACUGAGUACUAAUGGUACACCCAAGUAUUGUAUAGCAUAAACACAUAGAGCAUUUAACGGUAUAAAAUACACUUGCGCUAAAAGUAUGCCGGCUGCUCUAGAACACACACAUACAUGCACAUACAUAUGUAGAUGAUAUGUAUGCAGCCACCACCAUUAUUAUUGAGAUACUUUAGAACGAGCUAAACGUUGUUGUAUCGUUCAUUACAAAUUUUAAUUUCCAACCAGACUUUAACAGCUUAACACUAGUAGCGACAGGAUUUGGAAGUUUAGUUCCUUAUAAAUUUCCGAGUGUGUUCGUUUGUUGUCGGUAAAGCGCGCGCUUGCUAAAUUAAAAAGAAAAAUAAAACAAAAAUUGAAAAUAAAGAAAGAAUUGGAAACAAAUUCUAACUGAAACAACACCAGAAGAAGAAGAAGCAGCAAAAGGAAGAGCAGCAAAAAAAUUUUUAUAUUAAAAACCAGCAAUUUUUUUGUAUAGUAUAUAGUAUACUUUUGGGCGCGGCAAAGCAAGCAAAUGAAGAGUUUUUUUCGUCAAAAGAAUUACUUUAAUUUUUUCUAACAAAAUUUAUAUAUAAAUUAAUAAAUAAAUUUAAAUUAAAAAAAAAUACCCAACGCACAAAUUUAAAAUAAUAGUAAUUUAUCAAAUAAAUCAAAACAGUUGCACAAAUCAAACCAUAAAAUAGCAAAGAAAAAAAAACCAACUAAAAUAAAACUAAAAUUUAUAAAAAGUUGUGAAUUUUUUUCCAAAUAUCUAAAAGAAAACUAAACGAAAAUCAUAAAUUAUAACGUCCUUAUAAAGAAAACCAACGAAUCAUUUAAUUAAAUUAACUUAACAGUUAAAAAAAAGGAAAAAACUAGAUUUUUGCAUUAAAAUAAAAUAUAAAAAAAAACUUUUUUACUUAUACUAGCAAAUAGUUUAAAAAAAAAUCAUACAUACAACCCACCACUUUUUCAAACAAAAAAAAAUCCCCUCUUUAAAAUAAACUAUUUAAAAAAAAUAACACACAUUUUCUUACAAGACAGCGCCCUAGUUGAAAACUUUUCAACAAACAACCAAGCAAUCCUUAAGAAAACAUUCCGCUAAUUUAUUAACCAAAAUAAAAUAAAGAAAAAAACAUAUAUAUUAUUAAAAUAUAUAUAUAUAUUAAAAGAAAGGAAACAACAACCAAAAAAGUGUGAUUUAAUUUUUUUACCUGCUAAUUAAUUUAAGCUUAAAAAGUAGUAGACACAACCAAAAAACAAAAACUUUUUUAGAAAAAAAAAAAAACUAUAUUUUUUAUCAUAAACUAAAAACAUACAUACAUACUGUAACUUUUGUGACCAAAAUCGCCAAAUUUUUAUAAAAAAAAAUUAAAAAAAAAACUUUUACCUCUAUAUCUUAAAUAAAUCUCUUACACACUCUAAAACACACACAUAAAAAAAAACUCAUACAAAAUGGGCGGUUGCGCAUCCAAGGAUAAAAAGGACAAAGUGGUUGAUGGUGAUGCUAACGCCGCUAAUGCUACUGAAAACACCGCUGACGGUGACAAAGCAUCAGCCGCCACUACAACUGAGGCAAAUGGUGAUGCUACCACUAAUGCAGAAGGUAAACAAGACACCAUGGUUGAUGCUGCUGUUCUUGCUAAAUUGGAAGAAGGUUUCGCCAAAUUGGCUGCCUCCGACUCCAAGUCCUUGUUGAAGAAGUACUUGACCAAGGAAGUCUUCGAUAAUCUAAAGAACAAGAAGACCCCCAGCUUCGGUUCUACUUUGUUGGAUUGCAUCCAAUCCGGUUUGGAGAACCACGAUUCCGGUGUCGGUAUCUAUGCUCCCGAUGCUGAAGCCUACACAGUAUUCGCUGAUCUUUUCGAUCCCAUCAUUGAAGACUACCAUGGUGGUUUCAAGAAGACCGACAAGCACCCUGCCCGUGACUUCGGUGAUGUCUCUGUCUUCUCCAACUUGGACCCCAACAAUGAAUUCGUCAUCUCUACCCGUGUCCGUUGCGGUCGCUCUUUGCAAGGCUACCCCUUCAACCCCUGCUUGACCGAAGCCCAAUACAAGGAGAUGGAAGCUAAGGUCUCCUCCACCUUGUCCGGUUUGGAAGGUGAAUUGAAGGGUAAAUUCUACCCCUUGACUGGCAUGGAAAAGGCCGUUCAACAACAAUUGAUCGAUGAUCACUUCUUGUUCAAGGAAGGUGAUCGUUUCUUGCAAGCCGCCAACGCCUGCCGCUACUGGCCCUCUGGCCGUGGUAUCUACCACAACGACAACAAGACCUUCUUGGUCUGGUGCAAUGAGGAAGAUCAUUUGCGUAUCAUCUCCAUGCAAAUGGGUGGUGAUUUGGGUGAAGUAUACCGUCGUUUGGUGACCGCUGUCAACGAAAUUGAAAAGCGCAUCCCCUUCAGCCACGAUGACCGUUUGGGCUUCUUGACCUUCUGCCCCACCAACUUGGGUACCACCAUCCGUGCCUCCGUGCACAUCAAGGUCCCCAAAUUGGCCGCCAACAAGGCUAAAUUGGAAGAAGUUGCCGCCAAAUACAACUUGCAAGUCCGCGGUACCCGUGGUGAACACACUGAAGCCGAAGGUGGUAUCUACGAUAUCUCCAACAAGCGCCGCAUGGGUCUCACCGAAUUCCAAGCCGUCAAGGAAAUGUACGAUGGUAUUGCUGAACUCAUCAAGAUCGAAAAGAGCAUGUAAGGUGUUACAACUCUGCAACCCCUUAAACCCCAAAAAACAUAGAGCCUACGGCUAGGCCAAACAUCUUUGUAGCCGCUAGAUAACCAACGUUCGGUGGAAUUAAUUACAACAACAUCAACACACUUUAUAAUAAUGUUCUCUUGCUUUUCCCUUUAAAAAUUCAUCUGUAAAACGUUUUUGAAUUAAAGAGUGUGCGUUUCUUGGCAUUUUUCUUUUUUGAAUUUAACGUUCUUUAAGUUUUCUUUUCCUAAUUUAAAUAUUUUGUGUUUCAUUUUGUAACAUCUCUAUGUAACUCUCUCUUAGGCAAAGCAACACACAAACAAGAUCUCUGUGUCGGAAAUUGAGAACAUUAUUUUUAACCACCAAUAUUUUUGUUUUUAAGUUACAAACACUUUUUAUUUUAUUUAUUGAGAACAAUAUAUAUUUAAUUAAUAAAAUUUAAAAACCAAAAAAUAAAAAAAAAUAUUAAAAAACACAAAAACAACAACUUUGAGUUAUAAACAAAGCAUGAGAAGAGAUUUGUAUUUGUAUUAACAGCAACAAACACAUAGAAC